AUGGCAGCCGGAUACGACUACGUGAUUGUGGGCGGAGGGACAGCUGGCUUAGUUGUAGCCGCCCGGCUCAGCGAAGAUGGUUCGAAAUCAGUCGCAGUUAUUGAGGCCGGUGCUAAUCGCAAGGGGGACCCGCGAAUCGACACGCCGGGGUUGUUGAAAACUUUGUAUGGGGAUCCAGACUAUGACUGGAACUACAUGACCGAACCACAGGCUGAGCUUAACGGGCGGCAAAUCGCAUGUCCUCGGGGUCGAGUCCUUGGAGGUUCAUCUGCGAUAAACUUCUCUGCAAUUUUGUAUCCCAGCAAGAGCGACUUCAACGAUUGGGCUAAACUUGCAUGCGAUAAUGGCUGGAAUGCUGAAAGCAUGGCACCUUACCUAAGGAAGUUCCAAACUUUUCGGCCAGCUUCUGAUGCGACCAAGAAACAACUCAUGCUGGAUGACUACAUGGAUGAUAGCAAUCAAGGAACAACCGGUCCCCUGAAUGUAACCAUCCCGGACGGCCAUACUCCGUUCAACGAAGCAUGGGUGCAGGGCUUUAAGGAUCUCGGAUUACACUCUCGUUCCGACCCAAUCGAAGGUGAAGCUCUUGGAUCUUUUACAAACCCGCUUUCGAUCCAUCCGGACAAGAAGACCAGAGAAUACUCAGCUUCAUCGUUUUUCACCGACGAGAUUGAGAAACGGCCGAACCUUCAUUUAUUGGCUGAGUCUGUUGUUGAGAAGAUCGAUUUUGCUGAUGACUCUCAACGCGCUACUGGAGUACAAAUUAUCCGCAAAGAUAAAUCGCGGGCUACUGUUCCUGUGAAUGGUGAGGUUAUUCUCGCAGCUGGAGCCAUCCAGUCACCUCAGCUUCUCGAGCUCUCAGGAAUCGGCAAUGAGCAAAUUCUGAAAAAACACGGCAUCAUGAUCAAAAUCGACAAUCCCGGAGUCGGAGAGAACCUACAAGAUCACUGCUUGUCGUCUAUCAGUUAUGAGAUUGCAGACGACCAACUCUCCGCAGACAACGUUCAACGUGACCCAGCACUCUUGCAGGCCGUUCUCCAGAUGUAUCAAGAAUCCAAAAGCGGCCCAAUGGCGGGUGCCACGCUAAGUAUUGCCUACCUUCCACCAGUGGACAAAGGCGGAAAACUUGACAGCGCGGAGCUUCAGAAGCUGGUCGAAGAAAACCUCGAUCAGAUUGCAACCUAUCGAGAUUUUCCGUCGAAGGAGAAGCAGUACAAGCUGUUACGAGGCAGGUUGCUGGAUCCGCAAGCAUCAUCAGUUGAAAUUUUCUGCUUGCCGAUGCAGCUCAAUACUGACACCAACGUAAACACGAUGAAGCACUUCUUCGGCGGCAAGGAACCUGGGAACUACAUUACAAUUGUUGCCAUGCUGAACCAUCCUUUCUCUCGCGGAAACGUACACAUCACUUCUGCUGAUCCUCAUACGGCUCCGGCUAUUGAUCCUCGAUACCUAUCGCAUCCAUUGGACGUUGAGUUACAAGCUCGUCACACUCAGUACCUCGAGCGACUGGUGGAAACGCCGACCAUGCAACGCGUACUGAAGAAGGAUGGCAGACGCAUUCCCAGCGCAGAUACCAGUGAUCUAGACGUGGCGAGGCAAGUUGCUAGGGAUCGAGCAUUUACUUCCUUUCACCCCACUGGAACCUGUGCAAUGAUGCCUCGCGAGCUUGGAGGUGUCGUCGACAGUCGGCUCAUGGUCUACGGCACUUCGAACGUAAGAGUUGUCGACGCAAGCAUCUUCCCGCUUGAAACACUCGGAAAUAUUCAAGCCACGGUAUAUACUGUGGCAGAAAAGGCAGCGGACAUCAUAAAGGAAGAUGCGAUGAAGAGAUAA